GUCUUUCUCAAAGAUCUUCUGUUAUUCGGAAAAAUUGAAAAGGUUAUGGUCACGCACCUGUGUUUAACGUAAUUUCGUUCCAUUUUUCUGGCACUGUUUGAUCAGGCACAACUUCUCGAUAACCAAGUGGAAAUUCUUCCAUUUUCCAGUUUACUUUGAAAAUAAACGCUCUAUGUAUCUAAUUAUCAAUUUACAUUACAAUGCCGCUUAAAAUUUUAGUACGUAUCGAACGUUUAUGUUGCGCUUCGUGCGGUUCGUUUUGGCGCCCUCGAGCCUCGACAUAACCUUAAUCUAAAUCGCUCAAAUUCGUCAAUGUACAAUGCAUAGAAGAUCGAGGCGCGCGCGCGAUGAUUGUAUUCAAUAAAUUCGCUCGACUUGAUGAUUAGAUAAAAUGUACGUAUAAAUGAAGAAAGAUCAGCGAAAUCAACUCGCAUCUAAUACAUACAUAAUAAACAAAUUAAAAAUGCACGACGCAUGCACAUUUUUCAUAGUGUGAAGCGAAAUUUAAAAAAAAAAAGGUUACAUUUAUUUUGCCGAUUGUAUAUUAGUAGCGAAAAACAGUGAACAGAGUAUGAAUAAAAGAGUUGUCACGGCAUUCUACUUAAUGCUAAAUAUAUUGUUCUCAAUUGUAAUUGUACUGUUGAAUAAAUGGCUGUACGUCCACACAGACUUCCCAAACGUCACAUUGUCUAUGAUACACUUUCUUAUUACCUUCGUGGGAUUGAUAAUCUGUGAGAAAUUUGACGUAUUUUGUAUAAAAGAUGUAGCCAUCAAGGAAAUGUUAUGGAUUGCCAUGACCUUUUGCGGAUUUGUGGUACUUACAAACUUAAGCCUGGCAUACAAUACAAUCGGAACUUAUCAAGUGGCUAAAAUGUUAACAAUGCCUUGUGUGAUAAUACUGCAAAUAAUGUUCUAUAAAAAACACUGUAGUAUACUUGUUAAAUUAACACUAAUCCCGAUUAUAUUAGGUGUAAUAGUAAAUUUUUAUUAUGACAUACAAUUUAAUAUUGUUGGAACUAUUUAUGCAACUAUGGGAGUGUUUGUAACAUCUUUAUACCAAGUGAUGCUGAAUUCAAAACAGAAAGAAUUUGACAUGGAUCCAAUGCAAUUAUUAUAUUACCAGGCACCUUUGUCUGCUAUUCUAUUAGUUUUUGUUAUACCAUUCUUAGAACCUGUGGAACAAACAUUUGCAAAAAGUUGGUCACCUCUAGACCUAAUUAUGGUUGUACUAUCAGGCGUUGUAGCAUUUUUUGUUAAUUUAACUUCCUAUUGGAUAAUAGGAAAAACUUCACCAUUAACUUACAACAUGGUUGGGCAUUCAAAGUUCUGCUUGUUACUUUUAGGUGGAUCAUUAAUUUUUCAUGAAACAUUAGCCAUAAAUCAAGUAAUCGGUAUAACAUUGACAUUGGUUGGAAUUAUUUUGUAUGCUCAGGUUAAAAUGAAAGAUUUUCAAAUUGUUACAACGGAAGAAGAAGAAAAGAAGCCAUUGCACAAAGUAUAAUUUAAUACGAAUGCUUGUAACAA